AUGGUGGCCACUACUCAUUUGGUUCGUAUUACAGUUGCUGACAUGGAGUUAGGAAUGGCGGGUUUGAGUAUUGAUUCUGAGAACUUUGUGAAGCAAUUUCACAUCCCGAGCUAUAUCCUUGUUCCGGAAGAAACUGUUCAGUCUUUGCCCCAUGCACCCGAAUGCCCUGUUUUGGUGUUUAUCAAUUCAAGAAGUGGUGGUCAAUUAGGUGGUGAUCUUCUUAUCACAUAUCGGUCUAUACUGAAUGAGAAACAGGUUUUUGAUUUAGGAUCAGAAGGCCCUGAGAGUGUACUCCGUAGAAUUUUUCUCAAUCUUGAACGGCUGAAGAACAAUUGUGACGAAUUUGCGACUAAACUUGAGAAGAAGCUGCGAAUAAUUGUUGCUGGUGGAGAUGGUACAGCUGGCUGGCUUCUUGGGGUGGUUUCUGAUCUGAAAUUGUCCAAUCCACCACCAAUAGCAACUGUACCUUUGGGAACGGGAAAUAAUCUGCCAUUCGCAUUUGGUUGGGGUAAAAAAAAUCCUGGUACUGACCGUAAUUCUGUGCUCUCGUUCUUGGAUCAAGUGAGGAAAGCAAAAGAAAUGAUGAUCGACAGUUGGCACAUUCUCAUGAGGAUGAGAGUACCGAAAGAAGGAACCUGUGAGCCACUUGCUCCUCUGGAGUUGCCGCAUUCCUUACAUGCAUUUCAUCGGGUUUCCUCAACUGACGAUCUUAAUGUGGAAGGUUACGACACUUUCCGAGGAGGAUUUUGGAACUAUUUCAGCAUGGGAAUGGAUGCACAGGUAUCAUAUGCAUUCCACUCAGAGCGCAAGCUUCAUCCCGAAAAAUUCAAAAACCAGCUGAUUAAUCAGAGUACAUAUGCAAAGCUUGUAGGCCAACAAGGAUGGUUUUUUGCUUCCCUUGUUCACCCUUCAUCAAGGAACAUGGCUCAACUAUGCAAAGUUAAGGUCAUGAAAAAGCACGGUGAAUGGCAAGACCUCCAAAUCCCUCAGAGCAUCCGGUCGAUCAUAUGCCUUAAUCUGCCGAGCUUUUCCGGAGGUCUAAAUCCUUGGGGAACUCCGAAUAACAGAAAACGACGUGAUAGAGACUUAACUGCCCCAUUUGUAGACGAUGGGCUCCUAGAAAUUGUUGGUUUUAAAGACGCUUGGCAUGGACUCGUCUUACUUGCUCCAAAAGGUCACGGGACUCGACUUGCACAGGCUAAUCGCAUUCGAUUCGAGUUCCGAAAAGGUGGGGCCGAAUCCACGUACAUGAGGAUCGAUGGGGAGCCGUGGAAGCAGCCACUCCCGGUCGACGAUGACACUGUUGUGGUCGAGAUUUCGAACCUUGGCCAGGUCAAGAUGCUCGCCACACACGAUUGCCGAGCGAAGAGCUAUCUCGACCCCUCGUCUCCUGUCGCGCAAGACGACGAGAAGGACAGUGACAAUGACGACGAGUCUGUGGGGGCCGAGUGGCGGAAGUUUGGAGCUGCCGACACGUUCCGGAUCCCAGAUGACGUGGACAUUUCUCAACUAAGUUGA